CAAAUGCUAUUGCUCCAGUGGUGACAGGUUGUCCAGCUUCUUACAGCCAUCCUCACAAUAACGAAGGUUAGCUUCCUCCACUGUAUGGACUCCUAGCUGUUUCUGUUCCUGAGGACUCGGAAGAAUUCCCGCACUUCCUUAACUUUUAGCUCACAUUUCUGGAUAACUGUCAUCGCUACUAACUGCCAGGGUUGGGCAGCAACAUCUGGAGGAAUUAAAAAAGCAUGCAAGACGACAGUUCAGAAUCCUCUACUUCCAUAUCUCAACUUCUGAGAGAAAGUUAUUUAGCUGAAACUAAACAUCAAGGGAAGAGUGAAAGAAGCAGAUCAGAAACAGCUUCUCAUAAUUUUCAUUAUGGCAAUGCCUCUGGGGAUUCAGAUGAGGUAGCUGCCCAAGAUGACCUUCCAGAUCUCUCUGCCUUUUUGAGCCAAGAAGAGCUAGACCAAAGUGUAAACCUGGCAAGACAAGCUAUUGGUCAGAAUCCACUGGAAAUUAAACAGGAUGAGCUUCAGGCACAUUCACAGUGUCCCCCAGAUCAGCUGAAAAACACAGGAAAACACAAACAAAUGGCCCAGUCUACAGCUUUUAAAACAUCAGACAACAGCCUGCACUCAAACUUUUGUCAGGACCAUGUCAAAACCACAAAGGGCUCAAAAGGGAGCCCUCAAGAUCUCAAGAAACAACACCUCCCUUCUGAAUCAGAGUCAAAAAAGGAAUUCCUAAACAAGGCAGCAGAUUUUAUCGAGGAGCUCUCCUCACUUUUCAAAGCUCACAACUCUGAAAGAAUAAGACCCCGAACAUGCAAAAACUACAGGAGCAAAAUUGAUUCUAAGAAUAAGGCUGCUCAUAAAGGCAGCUCUGCCCUACUUAGCACAUCAGAAAACAGAGAAAGGCUUUCCAUUCCAGUACCUCAAGACUUGGAAAACGACGCAGAGAAACCAUUUGCACAAAGAGAUGACCAACAGGAGGCAAACUUGGAAUCUAUCAAUCAAUUAACAAGUGAGGAGCUAAAACCAGAGUCAGAAUCUGCAUCUGUGUACUCCGAUGAGCCUAUAGGACAACCACCACGCUUUACUCAAAAACUGAAGAGCAGGGAAGUUCCUGAAGGAACCAAAGUGCAAUUGGACUGCAUUGUGGUAGGAAUCCCAGCACCUGAAGUCAGGUGGUACUGUGAAGGGAAGGAACUUGAAAACUCACCAGACAUUCAAAUUAUCCAGACAGGUGAUCAACACUCAUUGAUUAUUGUUGAAGCCUUUGAGGAGGAUACAGGACGUUACUCGUGCUUUGCUUCAAACAUCUAUGGAACAGACUCCACUUCUGCAGAGAUUUACAUAGAAGGAGUCUCUUCUUCUGAUUCUGAAGGUGAAAUCAUCAAAGACGAAAUGGAUCACAAACCAAGGCCAGCUGACACCUCCUUGAAUGCUGCAUCUCCUGCUGCUAGAACUGCAAUCAAACAUCAAGAAACCUCCAAGGCACCAUCUGCCACAGCUCAGCCUGUGUCUGUUCCUGUCCAGCCUGUGUCAACAGGAGUUAAUCAGGCUCAAAGCCCCACUAACUAUUUGCAAGGACUGGAUGGAAGACCUAUAAUUGCUGCUCCUGUAUUUACAAAGAUGUUACAGGAUAUUUCAGCUUCUGAGGGGCAGCUUGUUGUCUUUGAAUGUCGGGUGAAAGGAGCUCCUUCCCCAAAGGUUGAAUGGUAUAGAGAAGGAACACUGAUAGAAGAUUCUCCAGAUUUUAGGAUAUUACAGAAAAAACCCCGAUCUAUGGCUGAGCCAGAGGAAAUUUGCACCCUUGUUAUUGCUGAAGUAUUUUCAGAAGAUUCUGGCAGUUUCACCUGUACUGCAAGCAAUAAAUAUGGCACUGUGUCUAGUAUAGCUCAUCUAACUGUCAAAGCAUCUGAAGACAACAGUAAUGCUGAUACCCUUCACACAAUGAGCUCAAACAACUUAACUGCUGCUGAACAUCAACCUCCCCCAUGUACUCCUUCCUAUCGUGUCAUAAAUCAAACUCCUAAGCCCAAACUUGAAGGUGUUCUUGUGAACCACAAUGAACCCAGGUCGAGUUCCAAGAUUGGUCUCCGUGUGCAUUUCAAGCUGCCUGAAGAUGAUAAAGGCAGUGAGUCAUCAUCAGAGGAUGGACCCGGUGCUACAAACCAAAUCAGACCCAACUAUUUCCACGAGAGAAUAAAUGGACAGCCAAUGAAAAUACCAGAACCAACGUCACCCUCCAAGGAACCUCCUCCAGUACUGGCUAAACCAAAGCUUGAUCAGACCCAGCUAAAACAGCUCCACAACCAGGUCUUGCUUGAACAGCAGCUGUAUCAGACAUCUUCAAGAGAGCUGUCAUUCAACACAGCUUUAUUGAAUUCUGCUACUUCACUCCAGCAACAGUCCACCUCGACUGUGUACAGGCAGAGCAAAGUCUCUGCUUCACAAGCAUUCAGCUACAGUCGACAGCAGCAGCUCCCACCAUCACAAACCACACUGCCUACCAGCUCCUCUUCCAGCUCCUCAGUGACAACAUUCAGCAACGUCCCUCAAGGAACUCAAAGAACAAACCACAAGGAAAAUUCCACAGGAAAUCCUCCCCCUGCCCAACCAAGGUCUUCAGGAGGGUUUACAAGCAAAAAUGAACAGUCCCUACCAAGCCCUAAAGAAUCCAUGGUGCCUCCAUUAACACUUCCUCCAUCUGGUGUAAAACAGUUCCAGCCACAGAGUGUGACUCCUGCUCCUGUCUCCCCAACUGGUCGGAUCCAGAAUCCAGUAGCUUUCCUUAGUGCUGUUCUUCCUUCACUUCCUACUGUGCCAUCCACCAACGCUAUGGGACUGCCCAGAAGUUCACCAGCCACUCCAACCCAGGGAUUAACAAAGAAAAAUCUGAAGCCUCUGCCAUUAGCAACAGAUGAUUCUAUUCGGGAAAAUAAAGCUGGACUUGUAAAGGACCUGGAAAGAAACCUGCAUUUCAGAGAGGAUGGUAAUCACCAAAGUAGUCAGCAGGAAUACAGGAUUUCAAGCUUUGAGCAGAGGCUGAUGAAUGAAAUAGAGUUUCGCCUGGAACGUACCCCGGUGGAUGAAUCAGACGACGAAGUCCAACACGAGGAAAUCCCUACAGGCAAAUACAUAGCCCCAAUCUUUGAUAAGAGACUCAAGCACUUUCGGGUAAUGGAAGGAUCUCCUAUCACGUUCACUUGCAAAAUAGUUGGAAUACCUGUUCCCAAGGUAUACUGGUUCAAGGAUGGCAAGCAGAUUUCAAAGAAAAACCCACAUUUCAAAAUGAACCGAGAAGGAGACGGAACAUGUUCUUUACAUAUUGAAGCUUCUACUAAUGAUGAUGAUGGCAACUAUACAAUCAUGGCUGCAAACCCUCAAGGGAGAAUCAGUUGUUCAGGCCACCUGAUGGUUCAGAGUAUCCCUGUUCGAGGCCGAGUAUCCACAAAUCAGCCUCACAGAACACGACCCCGGGUGCCAGAAGGAGACAAAGAGGCAGUCCAAGAACGCUUUUUCAGGCCAUACUUUCUACAGGCUCCAGGGGACAUGGUGGCACAUGAAGGGCGACUUUGUAGGUUGGACUGUAAGGUGAGCGGGCUACCAACUCCGGAGCUGACGUGGCUUCUGAAUGGCAAACCUGUGCUACCAGAUGGCACCCACAAGAUGCUGGUCAGGGAGACUGGAGUUCACUCCCUGCUUAUUGAUCCUCUCUCACAAAACGAUGCUGGAACUUACACUUGCCUUGCCACUAAUAAAACAGGACAAAAUUCAUUUAGUCUGGAGCUCACUGUUGUAGCAAAGGAAAUAAAAAAAGCCCCCAUGUUUUUGGAGAAGCUUCAGAACUGUGGUGUUCCUGAAGGGUACCCUGUCAGAUUAGAGUGCAGAGUUGUGGGAAUGCCACCCCCUGUAUUUUACUGGAAGAAGGAUAAUGAGACCAUCCCAUCAAACAGAGAGAGGAUGAGCAUGCAUCAAGAUACAACAGGGUAUGUUUGCCUCCUGAUUCAACCUGCCAAGAAAACAGAUGCUGGCUGGUACACUUUGUCUGCAAAAAAUGAAGCUGGUAUUGUGUCUUGUACUGCCAGACUCGACAUCUACGCUCAGUGGCACCGUCAGAUUCCACAGCCAAUAAAGCUUCGACCUGGGGGCAGCCGAUACGCAAACCUCACCGGGCAAGGACUCGAUAUUUUUUCUGCCUUCCCAACUACUGAAAGUUCUCUGCUGUUUUCACCCCCAACCCAAAAGGUGGUGGAGAGUGAAGAACUUUGAAAAAAAACAAACAAACAGCUGUUCCAGUCACACCUGCAGAGAUACUAGAACUGUGGGGAGAAAAAAAAAAAAAAGGAAAAGGAAAAAAAAAAAAGGAAAAAAAGAAAAGGAAAAAAAAAAGGGGAAAAAAAAGAGGUACAAGUCAAGAUGCUCAAGGUUUACAAGCAACUCGUUUGUAAUUAAGUGUUCUGCUGCUGCAAUGUUGCAAGUAUUAUUUUACUGCAGGAUAAUUGUGGUAUGGAGUGUUGUGCAAUAAAUCCAGUACUGUGUAGUUUGCUAAGAAUUACAUAGUAAACAGUUUUCAGCACUUAAAAGCCAAUACCACUUUCACUGCUUGAAUUAAAGGUACUGUACUGUAGCAAGCCAUGGUAAGGGUUGAGGACGUUUAGCUGGAAUACUGCCAGUGAAAACAUUGACAUCACAAUAGCAACAAUCCUGAACAAGGGUAAACAACAUGACUUUGAAUGUAAUUAAAAAACAAACAAACAAACAAAUAUGCCAGAUAAUCACAAAGCACAAGUUAAAGGGAAAAGAUGUAACUCAUUUUUAUAUAUUAUUACACCAGAUAAUCUUAGAACUUUUGAACUCAAGACUAGAUAAACAAAUCGUGUCAUGUAGGUGCAGCUGCAUAACCUCUAUAUUUAUAUCUGUGUGUGUGUGUUCUCCAUGAACUGUGUACUCGUGGUGUAAGGAUUCAUUAAGUAAGGUACAGGGCACUUGCAUAGGACAUCAACACAGGAAACCAACAUUCCUGUUGUCUGAAGCAUGUUCUCUAGAGCUCAUAGCUGAAACUGUUUUCCAGAUCCGCUUCGUAUUUUUUCUUUACAGUGCUAGUGAUCAUCUGCUUUUAAACACAGAUCACAUCAAGCUUGUAACUUCACCAUUUUUAAACAUCAAGUCUCUUCUUCCUAAUUUUUAACAUGACUAAAGUGUAUCUACCACCUAGCUCAUUUUCUUACUAACUGAAAAGGAAUGACCAUCUGGUAGAACUUCAAUUUUCACCAUCAAUCAGGAAAUAAUCACAACUGUGGUAUCUACUAUAAAGACAGAGAACAUUUCUGUACAAAAGUUAUGAAGUUAACAACACUUUGGUGCAAAGAGCUAAAAAACCUACUGUAAUUAAUAGUAGUAAUAAAUAAGGCAAUUUAAUGGAAGUGCAACAGAAGGUGUUAAGUGACAACACUUCAUUAAUUGAUUUAAAUACAUUUAGCAUCCAUACAGCUGUAUUAACACCUCCCAGCACUGAGAAUCUGUGAACAUCUAAUAUGAAUUUCUGCAUCUUUAAAUUAUUGCUAUCUCUCUUCUUUGGAUAUUGUUUUCAAGCAGUUCUUACUGCUUUUAACAUGGCUGGUGAACACAACGAAAUGCUGAUCAAAGUCACAGAGAUCAAAAGAAAAAUUAACAGGUACUUUCAUUUUCGACCUUUUUCAGAUUUUUUUCAGUUAAAAAUGUAACUUAAAAAAAUGACACAUGGAAAGAAAAAAAAAAAAGGAGUUAUUGUAAGAGUAAAAGGAUACUGGAUCUAACCAGAGACUGAGAAAGAGCCUUUCUUUGGGUUUCCUACCAAUAUAAUCAUGUUGACUCUAACUGUUGGUUCCCUAAGGAUUUAGAGGAAGUGAAUUUCUGCUGUUGUUCUACAUCCCACCUGAGUGAAGAUCAUAAAAUCAAACCACCAUUAUAACACCCAUGCCUUUUGUUAGAAAUCUCAGGCAAUUCACCUGGGACUGAACAAAGCAGGAAGAUAAAAUACACUCUUAUCCUGAGAGACUAAAGGAGGUGCAGGCAUUUCAGUGGGAAAGCAGAAAUCCCAGUUGUUGCCCAUGUUGUACCUCCUCCCAUGCAAAUAAAAUAUAACUACUAGCUAUUAAAAGUGACAUUGAUUCGAGUGACUUCAGUUAUGGGGUGCCCAACUUCAGACAUAUUGUGGGUCUGAUUUUCCAGGAUUCAGAACCUACUGCUCCUCUUAUCUUCACUGGUUUUUAGGAUGGCUUAGGGAUUCCAAAACUAGGUCUAGACUAUGUUGGAUUUGGCAACCUAAAAUUUAAAGUUUCCCAUAUUAGUAACUAUUCUUGGGAAAAUAAUCUAAGGAAAGUUAUCAGACUUUGCUUAUUUAAUCCAGUGCUGUUGGGAACUGGGGAAAAGAGGAAAUGAAGACUUAUCAGAUCAAAAGCUACCCCCAUCUACAGCCCUGAUCUCCCCAUUAUUUCAUGCCAGACCUGAAGAGAUUUUGAUCCAAAAUAUUCCAAGUUGUAUAUUGGCCAUCAGGCUUUACACAGGCUUAAUCAAGUGAUUGUCUGCUCAGAACUCCCCUGUGGCCCCCUUGCCUGGCUUUGAGCGAGGGGUUGGACCAGAUGACUUCCUGAGGUUCCUUCACACCUAAAUCAUUCUAUACUUCCUAAAUUAUUAUACUUUCCCUGUGUGGAUUAAGUUACCUAUUGAUUGAACUUCAGAAUUCAAGCAAGCACAGACUUUUCUUUUUUGACUGGGAUAUCUCCUAUUAGGCAAUUUUAACUACAGGAGUGAUCACUUCUAUCACAGUUCUUUACAUAGCUUGGAAGAAAGGAAUACUAGAGUAGUUUCAGCAAAUAUCAAGUUACCAGUGCUGGAAUCAUACUUGUUAGUAUUAAAGACAAUAGUAGUGCUUCUCACGUUUUACACCAUCAGACAACACACCCAGAAACUCUGUACAAAUUAAAAUACAAAGUACACAGAGGAAAUACGCAAACCAUCCAUCUUCAACCUUUCCUCCGUGAUUUCAGUGGAACAUCUCCAAACUCACAUCAGUAUAACCUGAACUGACAAGCUGAGGAGUAAACAGCCCAAUCAUAGAAUCAUGGACUCUGGAAAAGACCUUCAAUCUCAUCAAGUGCAACCAUUCCCCCUGCAACCACGAAACCAUCUUAUGAAACACCAUGCCUACCCCUUUUUUGAACAAUGCUUUUUUAAUAAAGUACAUUCUGCUCUUUGAAAAUGGGAGGACAAGAAACUACUGCUGAAAGACUUUUCCCAAAACUCUGUGUAAGACGGAUUAAUCCUUAAUCGUUCGAGAAGGGGUCCCAAGAAGUCUCACUGAGAGGUAAGCUACAGAGAGUGGAUCACCGAAAUUUGUCAGCUGAACUGUAACAUUCUCUCCUCAAAAGUACUUGCUAGCAAAAGAGUCAAAACUUUACCUUCAUUUCACUUACUUUCAGUGCCUGGCCUGUGAUACAAACAAAAUCAGAAUCUGAUCCUAAAUGGUCUGUAGUCAUUUAAUUUUACUCAGUAACUGUUACAGGACAUUUCUCCUCUGCAUACAAUGAGCCCAUAAAAUAAGUACAGGAAGCUUAUGCGAAUGGAAGUAAAUGUUGUUAGUAGUGCUGAUGUGCUCAUCACCAAGAAAACCUGCUAGAAAAAGACAGAAAAAUGCUGUUUGUGUUGUUAAUUGAUGGAACAGCCAAGGGCCAAAGGCUUGUGCAAGCAGCUGAGACAACACUGAGCUGUCACAAAACGUGUGAUGCUCUUUGAGCUCAUGUCCUGUGGAGGGUGGCGCUAUCUAAUCACACUGUGUCAAGAUGCACCAGAGACUGCAACUGUGCUCCCUUCCUGAACAGCAUGGCUCUUCAUUGUUUUUGUUUAAUUGAAUAACCAAUUUGACUUCACACUAACAUGGUAUUUCAUUCUCUUAUUCAGGGCAGGCUACUGCCACAAUAAAACCCAAUGUUAGACCUUUCACUGAGGUCAGUGGUAGCUAUUAUCUUCCACAAGUCCAUUAAGUCACCACAGUGUGGAGCAUAACAUUGCCAUUGUGAGAUACAGAAAUGCUCAGUUUUGUAACUUCUGUGUUUUCUGAUUCAGAAACCCAUGGCUUUAUCUAGUUUCUUGAUUCCUUCUAUUCCUGGUUUUGUAUACUAUUAAACAGAGGCAGAGUGUACUUCAAAGAGCAGAAAUGACAACUUUUGUAUUGUGAUUCUGGAAAGCAAAAGUAUGAUCUUUGCUUUAACAUUUCGGUCCAACUCAGUGCAAACCCAGUCUGUGUGAUGCAAAGAGCAUCACAUAGAAGUUCACAUUGUCACUGCUGGACUUCUUGCCUUAAAACAGCUGGAUUGAGUCCCACUGCUUCCAUAUGGAAGGUGGAGCCUCCUUCUGAAUGCCUCAGAUCUGCUAAUGUGAGGAGAGCACACACUUCAAAUAUCAAAAAGCCAAGUCUGCAGUCUUUAUCUUAAUAUGUAAACACUUGCCAAUCCAGCUGUUUACUGGAAUCUGGAAUAAAAAUUCCUUUAAGAACUGUGUUCUUAAUGCUGCCAGAUUUAAAAGCAUAAAUUCUGGAAAAUGUCUUCAUACAAACUGAUUAGCAAGACCUAAUUAAAUAUUUUAACAGUUAAGUACUGGAGAAGUGAUUCAUUGUGAAUUGCCUUACUAUUUCCAAUACAAAGAUGUUCACUUUGAGCCUUAAAAUUCUCUUUUAUAAUUUUUAUCUUUAUUAAAGUUGGUAUUUUUUAGUUUUUGAUCCAAAGUCAUUUUCACUGGGAAGAAACAUGUUCAUGUCAGUUUUAAAGAAUAUUUUAAGACCAUAUGAAAGGAAAAAAACAAACACCUGCUUGUUCAAUAAUGUAUUUCCCUUUGUCUCACCUAAACUUAAAUAAAUGCUUCAGAGUUGCAUA